GCAGCCAGAAAAAGUAUGGCGACGUGGGAAGGCGAGAGAUUCCAAGAGAUCGAGAAUGCCGACGAUAUCGAGGGGAAUUUUGAUAACAUUCUUGUGACACACGAUCUUCAGGAUUGCCUCGAUGAUAGCUUAGACUUGACCAAUUUUGGUAUAGCUUACGAACAGAGUGCCGUGUUCGAUUAUGAAAAGUAUUCCGAUGACGAUACUCCUAUCGACGAAAGGCUACCUAAUGACAACACUACGGGGUCGAUACAUCAUACCAUUAGUCCACACGAGAUUUAUAUGGGAAUCCAUUCCGAUCAGGAUGAUAUUUUACCGAGCGAAUUGUUGUACACAACCAUCAAAAUUGAAAGCACAGUUUCAGACACCAGUCAAAAACACAUCGGUCGUUAUACCUGCGAAUACGAGGGAUGUAAUAGAACUUACAGUACAGUUGGAAAUUUGCGCACUCACAUGAAAGCCCAUAAAGGCGAGUAUCGGUUUAAAUGCGCAGAACCAAAUUGUGGCAAGGCCUUUCUCACGUCGUACAGCCUAAAGAUUCAUGUUAGGGUACACACGAAAGUAAAACCGUUUGAGUGCAAUCACAAAGGCUGCGAGAAAGCAUUCAAUACCCUUUACAGACUGAGAGCUCACCAAAGACUACACAGUGGCAAUACAUUUAACUGCGAAGAGACUGGAUGCGUUAAAUUCUUCACUACUUUAAGCGAUCUCAAGAAACAUAUUCGUACUCAUACUCAAGAAAGACCGUACAAGUGUCGAGAAAAAGGUUGUGGUAAAGCUUUCACGGCAUCGCAUCAUUUGAAAACGCAUAAGAGGACGCAUACGGGUGAACGACCUUAUGUGUGUACUUAUGAAAAUUGUAAACGAUCCUUUACCACGCCUCACAGUCUGAAGAGUCACUUGAAAACUCACAAGAGAACGAUUAAUAACGAUGAAACAAAACAGGAAGGGAAUCAAGACGAUAGCGGAAACCAAAGAAACAGUGAUUUAUUAAAGUCGAAAAUCGAUGUCGUUGAAAUAACUCCUAAGAACAGAAACGUGCCAUCUUAUGCUAUUAUACCAUUAUCUAGUAGUAGGAAAAAUAACAAAAGUGUAACUUACCUAUCCACGGAAAAUGUAAACGAUCAGCCAGCUCCCGCAAACGGUAUGUUGGAUAUCUUAAGUCGGAACAGUCUCGAUAAAGAGCUCGACUAUAAUAUCAACGCCAAAAGCACGGAAGACUCGGACGAAACUGUUAAAGUGACGCUCCUCGCGUCGGAAAAUAUCAUUCUAAAUAACUUUAACGAGCACACGAUCGAUAAUUUUAACAACGAUAAAAGUUACGAUAAAUUUAAAAUAUUCGACGAAGUAAACGAUUUGAAUUUGCAAGAUCGGAACGAAGAAUAUACGUCUGAUCCUGCAACGGAAACGCAGGAUAGCAAAGCGAAUGCAAUGAAAUCGAACUCGAUAAAUUUGGAGCAGAAAAUUAUACAGGAUGGCUUGCAGAACACGAUCGCUCACAUAUCGGGGGGAACGGAUUUUACAAGCGACGUGCAGCGAUAUAAGAAUCGUGUAUCCAUGACCGAGGAGACGUACAAUAACGAAUCAAACGUGGACGUAGAUAACAAUAAUGGAACUUUGUACAGCAAGGAUUCAAUUACUAGUCAUCCGUCAGAAAUAAUUAGUUCCUCGAGCGAGACGCAGCUUUUUGAUAGCGAGAUAGAAAAUAUAUCAUUCGUUAAUGGCGCCUUGCGAACCGGAUCACUCAACGAAGUUGAACAGUCGUUGAAUACCAGCGUUGUUGCGACUGCACAGUCGGAAGCUAUCGAAUUAGCUGUAGCGUCCGAAGAGGAAAUACCUUCCCCUUGGAUAGAUGUAAUCGCGCUGGCGACGCCCUCUGCUCUGAGAAGACAGUCGUGGUCGGAACUAAAUGCUUUCCCAACAGCUGUUCAUUCGCUGGUCGAUCUGGUCGAGCCAGAACCAUACCCGUUGCAACUGGAGAACCAAUUGGAAUCGUUGCAACACUUGGACAACGUUGAUUUAGUAGACGCGGAGAGCAUCACCGCGAGCACGGAAACCACGCAUUGUCGAGAGAAUGUUAACGACAGGCAAAAAGAUGACAGGACAAGGGUAAAAAAAAGCAGGAACGUUUUGCAAGAGAUCACCGCCGACGCGGACAUAUGCAAAUGCAUUGAUUGCAAAUGCUAUUACUUGCAGAAUUGUCAAAAUUGCUUGAACAGUCCGCCGACGGAAUUCAACGAGAAAGACGUAUUACCGAAAGUGGUGAACGAUUUCGUGUCCUCUUUGCAAACCGACUGUCUAUGCGACAACGAGCUCGGCGGUUGUGGCUCCUGUUGCGUGGUCAUCUGUCUGAAAACGUUGCAGCAAUUUCAAGAAGUGUUCAGUCGUAAUUGUUGCAAAAGUUCCAACAAUGUAACGUGUAGGGAAAAACUGAUCCCGUCGUCGACGAGACGUAAUUUAACAAAAAAAAAAAAGAAAACCAAUGAAACAAACGUUUUAUUAUGCAACUAGUCAUGCCAGAAGAAACAUAUUUUUGCAUAAAUCUUUAGUAAGGAUUUGUUAUUUAUCGUGAUCUAUAGAGUAGCUUGCUUAGCUUUAAACGCGAUUUUUUUUUUUCACGUGGAUGUUAAUUUUAAAAAAAGAAAAUGUUACCUAGGACAAAUUGAGAGUAUUGGGACUGUAUGUACAUACCUGUACUAUAUUUCAAGAGACUUUAUUACGUAGAUGCUAUAUAUACAUAUACUUCGUCCAGCAAGGAGAAAAAAUUAUAACAGGGAACACCGCGUGACUUGCGAUUGGAUCGAAAUGGCGGGAUGCUGUUCCCUCAACUAAUUAUCUAUGAUAAUUAAAGUUCUGAGCGAGUAGAGUCUAUGAGCGAACAUUUUUAAAGAUAUAAAAUAAAUUGAUGUACAUAAAAAAUUAAAAUAACGACCUUUGCAAUAUAUUUUCGGGCAAAAAACAUAAUGGACCGACGAGCUCCAGUCGCAAGUCAUUUGGUUUUAUUCACAGACUACUUUUCGCUGAACGAAGUGUAUAUGUUAUACAUUUUAUUGCGUGCCAAUAUAUUUGUAGAUUUUUUACUUAAAAACUUUUACGUAUAUACAAUAUUGCUGUUGCAUAGUUCGUAGAAAGGAAAGCUCUAUUGUUUUAACGUAUCGAACGGCAAUAAAAUAUCGAUAUUUUAGAGAAAUAUUUAUGAUACAGGAAGGUACACGAAAUAUAUGUACAAAUAUCAUGUAAGUACAUAUCAUCUUUUUAUACAUAGUGAUGGUUGUAAAAAACAUUUUAAGUCAUUAAAUUUUAGGAAAGAAUGAUAUUCAUCGACUCGCGUGGUAUUUAUUUAAACAGAAGAAAAAAGAAACCAUCGAUUAUGUGUAAUGUACUAAAUACUAUAGAUAGUAGUCGAGAUAAAAUAUUUAUUGUUUAGUAAUUGUUUUCUAAUGCACAAUACUUAGAGAAGAUAUAACGCGCCAAAUAAACGCUUAAAGGUAUUUCACCUCAGAUUGUAAUACAAAAGAAAUCGUGUAAACGAUGUUAAAAAUUAAGUUAUGCUCGCUGUAAAAAGUAUACGAAAUUCAAUGAGAAGCAAAUCGGUACGAUAGAAUGAAACUGGUUUUAUAAUUUUGGUGUGAAAUUCUUUGCGGCUGUUAAUAAAUACUUGUUGAAU